GCGAUAUAUUUGUUCAGGAUGGAAAGUCUUGAUAAGCUGUCAGGUAUAAUGUCAACACAUGUCUAAAAUCGAGACCACGCAGCACAAAAAAUUGAAAAUUGUUUUCAUUGAUAAUUUUAACAUUUUCCUUUUUCCCUGCUUUAUAAAGAUUUUUAUUGUUCUUUUUCCCUUAUUCAUUAUAAUGGUUAAUAACAACUUUCUUUUUCGGUUAAAAUAUCACCACAACCAUAGUUUGCUUUCCAUUUAAUCCUUUUUCUGAUUAGUGAUUUCCGUGUUAAAAGAAAUUAACAUAUUUAGUUGGAAACCGCAAACAUUCAGAAUAAGUACGUCCUCAUACUCUAAAAUGGGGUGACUUUUUCGCUUUAUUUAUUGUUUAUAGAAAUCAAAAAAAACUUUAAACACUUUGAUACCAUUCAACGACGAAUGACUUGCUUAGGAAUAUAUCUCAUCGACUAUGGAUGGAGUAGUUUUUUUUUAGUUACACGGUGAAUUUCCGCUCAAAUUCAUUUAUUUUGAAGAGAUAUUUUGAGAACCAGUCGAAGAUUUCCCAUGUAUAUUCAAAGUUCUUGAUCAGUAUAAAGGUUUUCAGCAAAGGGUUGGAAGCCUGCAAAAAGGAUAUCGCAACUGUUGGGAUGCAACGUUAGAGACCUGGGAAAUGUCACUGCCAUUGGUAGCGUCCCACCAAGAGAAAGUCUUUUACUUUGCCGGAGCGGCGGAUUGUGUCGAAUGAAUCAAGGUGAAUUGUACAAAGGAACUCAAAGGAUUAUUGAUUGAUUUUUAGUGACUGACAUUUUGAUAAUGUUGUUUUAUAAGGAUUUUUUUUUUGUAUAUAAGAUGCUUUUAUCGAUUUGAUUUCGUAAAUAGAGGAAGAGUUACCAUGAAACACGAACAAAUGGAGUGAUAUCAGGCAUUGUGUUCUAAAAAAUAAUGAAAAAAGAUGGUCUUAUUCUUAUUUCUAUUCUUAUUUUUAUUUUUAUUCCUAUUCUUCUUAUCUUUUAUCAUAAAAAUGGCGAUAUUCAUCCAUAUUUUUUUUUUGCGGUAUCUUUUAUACUCCAUCGAUAGUCGAUGACAUAUAUUCGCAAGUCAUACGUCGUUGAAUGGUAACAAAUUGAUUGUUUGAGUAUUUAACGUUUUGAGAUUAUCUUUGAUGUAUCGCAUAGUUAAGUUAGGCACGAGUCUUAUAAAACUAUGGAAACGAUCAAACGCUUCUCUCGUAGCAGUAUCGAUAGGAUAAGAAAAUGGUCGUGACCAUAGGUAGUUUUCAAAUGAUGGUUUUUACCUAGGUGGAGUGCAUURUUUCUUUGGAACUUUGUCUUUGAUAAGCUAAAAAUGGAUCCAAGAGAAAAUCGAAUAAAGCAGGCUUGAYCGGCUGAAUCAAUACCUCAAAAUUGGUUCGCCGACUGGGCCGCCUAAGUCAAUACCUCAAAAUUGGUUCCCAGAGGCACAAAACCGAGUGAGCUGCCUGAAUCAAUAUCUCAAAAUUGUUUCCCAGAGAAACAAAUCGGAAUAGGUUGGCUGAUUCAAUACUUCAAAAUUGGCUCCGAGAGAAACAAAUAAGACUUGACUGCCUGAUUCAAUAGUUCAAAAUUGGUUCUGAGAGAAAGAAAGCCGAUUGGGCAAGCUAAGUCAAUAUCUCCAAAUUGGUUACACUUGGGAAGAGGUACAUGGAUUUGAAGGCAACGUGGUGGGGGAACUUGACGGAAAGGGAACACGAACUCUACCACGAACGACCGGCCUACAUUAGCAUGAGAAAUUAUGUUGAAUCCAAUGGGGACGAAGCCAUGUUACUGAAUUGCACGUUCAGAUAUAUAGUACAAGCCAUGAAGAAAACUUUAAAAAUACACGAUAGGAAUCGUUUGGCCGUGGCCAUGUGGGAUUGGAAGUUGGGCUGUAUUGAAAGGUCAAAAUUACACGGCUACUACGACACACUAGACACUGUGGGGAUUGCACAAGAGCUGAUUGAUCUCAACGUUUUGGACCAACCAGCACCUCCCUUUAUCAUCUAUCCAAGAUUCUAUGUAGACCCAACCUGGAUGGAUCCACACGCUGAAACGAAAUCGGAACCCGAAGAUUGAGAAGAAACCCUUGUUGAUUACAAAAACGCAGUUUUAGAGAUUUUUAGUUUAUAGACAUGUGAAAAAAGAACACUAAAAAAAUCCAUGGAAA